AUGGGUGGAGUGGACCAAGCCGACAGGUUGAUAUGGACUUACCUGCAUAUUCACAAGAGCGUCAAAUGGUGGAAGAAGGUAUUCAUCUACCUUUUGGAGGUAAGUUUUGUAAAUGCUCUAAUUACUUACAGAUGUUUUCGUCAAGAUGAACGUGUCAGAUCAGACAAACUGCGCCUUGAACUCAUUGAUAGUCUACUUGCCAACUAUGCACGUCCUUCCCCAAGGGCAGGGAGAAAAUCGCAAGCUCCACCCCGCCAGCUAACGGAACGUCAUUUUGUGUCGAUCAAUGAUGCAAAAACACCAGCUGGGAGACAAACCACGCCAGACUGUGUAGUGUGUUCGAAGAGAGGGGUAAAGCGUCACCAAACACCAUACAUGUGUAAGGAAUGCAACCAGCCGAUGUGUCCUGUGCCGUGCUUUCAGCGAUUUCACACACUUAUUGACUACAAAGCAGAAUGCACAAAGGAGUAUCACAAAUGA